ACAUGUUUCUUACGUUGAGCGCCGUGUUGGGUCUGACAGCUGCCUCUCUGGCCGCUCCGUCACAGCCUCCCUACGGAUACUCUCCUCCUCCCUCCUACCAGUCUCCAGCUCAGUAUAACUUCGAUUGGGUCGUGAAGGACGACUACUCCGCCAACGACUACGGCCACCAGGAGUCCCGCGACGGCUACAACACACAGGGAUCCUACUACGUGCAGCUUCCUGACGGUCGCCUGCAGAAGGUCACCUACCACGUGGACGGCGACUCAGGCUACGUGGCUGAGGUCACCUACGAGGGACAGGCUCAAUACCAAGCCCACCAACCUUCCUACCAUCCUACACCUGCCUACCGUCCUUCACCUGCAUACCAGACUACCCCUUCAUACCACACCACCCCUUCAUACCAGACUACCCCUUCAUACCACACCACCCCUUCAUACCAUCCUACACCUUCGUACAGACCUACUCCAUCUUACAGACCGAGUCCUCAUCACUGAAAUGCUAAUUUGUAAACAGACAGAACUCGUAUCCAUAUUUACUAUUUUGGUAACUGCUUAUUAUAGAAUAAAUAUAUAUUGAUA